GAGCAGCAGAACUUGGCCCUCCCUCGCUGGUAUGCUGCAGCUCUCGACGCGCCUUCGCGCCGUCCGCCCGGCGAUCGUCCGCGCGCGCGCGCGCUCCACCGCCGCGUCGACAGGGCAGAAGAAGGUUGUCCUGGUCGACGGCUGCCGCAUCCCGUUCCAGCCGUCGCGCGGCGAGUACUUUGACCUCAUGAGCUACGACCUCACGCGGCUCGCGAUGCACGGGCUGCUGACCAAGACGGCGGUGGACCCGAAGGCGAUCGACUACGUGUUGUGGGGCAAGGUCAUCCAGGAGCCCAAGACCUCCAACAUCGCACGCGACGCCGCCUUCGCUGCAGGCAUCCCUCGCGGUGUCCCGGCGCACACAGUCACGCAGGCGUGCAUUUCGUCCAACCAGGCGAUUUGCACGGGCGCGUCGCAGAUCCUCUCUGGCCAGGCCGAGGUGGUGCUCGCCGGCGGCGUCGAGACCUUUUCCGACGCUCCGAUCCGCUACUCGCGGCCGAUCCGCAAGAAGCUGAUCAAGAUGUCGAAGGCCAAGUCGCCCGGCCAGAUGGCGUCCAUCUUCUUCAAGGGACUGAAGAUGAAGGACCUCGCGCCGGAGCAGCCCGCCAUCGCAAACUUCCUCACCGGGGAGGUGAUGGGUCACAACGCAGACCGACUCUCGGACCGCUUCGGAGUCUCGAGGCGCGAGCAGGAGGAGUUCGCGCUGAGGUCGCACCUCAACGCGGCGAACGCGCACGCGGACGGCUUCUACGACGGCGAGGUGAUCGCCGGGCCGGGCGGCAAGACGCUCGAGGACGGCCCUCGCGCCGACUCUUCUCUCGAGAAGAUGGCGACGCUCAAGCCGGCGUUCGUCAAGCCGCACGGGACGGUGACCGCCGCCUCGGCGUCGCCCUUCACCGACGGCGCCUCCGCCACGCUCCUCAUGUCGGACGGCAAGGCCUCCGAGCUGGGCCUCUCGCCAAAGGCAGAGCUGCUCGCGUACGCCUUCGUCGCCUGCGACCCCUUCGAGGAGCUCCUGCUCGGGCCGACGUACGGCGCCUCAAAGGUGCUGCGCAUGGCGGGCCUCUCCCUCAAAGACAUCGACGUCAUCGAGUUCCACGAGGCCUUCGCCGGGCAGGUGCUCUCCAACCUCGUCGCGAUGGACUCGGACAAGUUCUUUGCAGAGAACCUGCCCGGCGUCGACAAGGUUGGCUCGGUCGACAUGACCAAGCUCAACACAAAGGGCGGCUCCCUCUCCAUCGGACACCCCUUUGGCGCCACCGGCGCGCGCCUCGUCACCACCGCCGCCAACCGCCUCGUCAAAGAGGGCGGCACGUAUGCCCUCGUCGCGGCGUGCGCCGACGGCGGCCUCGGCCACGCCUGCAUCCUGAAGCGAUAUGGCGCGUGAGCGCGGACCAUGUCCAAGUACAGCAGCACUGUUGUGAGCACGAUAUUGAGAGUCGAGCCCAGGGCUGGGUGCCGGGAGUGCUCUUGUGCCGCGGGAGAUGUGGGUAGAUGUGGGCGGGUCCGGGAGAGGGCGUUGCGGGGAGCGAGAGAUAGGAGGUCUUGUACAAAGGGUUCAGGGCGUGGCGAAGGAGAAGGAGUGGCCGCGGGAUCUCGAUCGUGUUAGUUCUGUCUUUCUUGUUUUUAUUUUCUAAUUCCAGGUAUUACGUC